CGCCGCCGCCUCCGCCGCCGCCGCCGCCGCGCCCGGAUCCUGCUUCUCAGAAGAUGCACUAUUAUAGAUACUCCAACGCCGAGGUCAGCUGCUGGUACAAGUACCUCCUUUUCAGCUACAACAUCGUCUUCUGGUUGGCUGGAGUUGUCUUCCUCGGUGUCGGACUAUGGGCGUGGAGCGAGAAGGGGGUGCUGUCCGACCUCACCAAAGUGACCCGGAUGCAUGGCAUUGACCCUGUGGUUCUGGUGCUGAUGGUGGGCGUGGUGAUGUUCACGCUGGGUUUCGCUGGCUGUGUGGGGGCCUUGCGGGAGAACAUCUGCCUGCUCAACUUUUUCUGCAGUGCCAUUGUGCUCAUCUUUUUCCUGGAGCUGGCCGUGGCCGUGCUGGCCUUCCUGUUCCAGGACUGGGUGAGGGACCGGUUCCGGGAGUUCUUCGAGAGCAACAUCAGAUCCUACCGGGAUGACAUCGACCUGCAGAAUCUCAUCGACUCCCUUCAGAAAGCUAACCAGUGCUGUGGGGCAUAUGGCCCUGAAGACUGGGACCUCAACGUCUAUUUCAACUGCAGUGGCGCCAGCUACAGCCGCGAGAAGUGCGGGGUGCCCUUCUCCUGCUGUGUACCCGACCCCGCGCAAAAAGUUGUGAACACACAGUGUGGCUAUGAUGUCAGGACUCAGCUGAAGAGCAAAUGGGACGAGUCCAUCUUCACGAAAGGCUGCAUCCAGGCGCUGGAGGGGUGGCUCCCACGGAACAUCUACAUCGUGGCCGGCGUCUUCAUCGCCAUCUCACUGCUGCAGAUAUUUGGCAUCUUCCUGGCGAGGACCCUGAUCUCGGACAUUGAGGCAGUGAAAGCAGGCCACCACUUCUGAGGAGCCACAGGUGGGCAAGCAGAGCUGAGCCACGCCGUGGAGGCCGAAGCCCUUCACCGCCAUCAACUUCACGUCCAGAGGGAGAGAAACGGACGCACCCAGCCCGAGCCAGCACCCCGCCUGCAGCAUCCGCGUGACAUGAUCUCUCUGUUUCUGCUUGCCGGUGCUGGAGACCCAGGGGCCCCCUCUCACCUGCACAGACUUGUGACCAGCAGCCCCGCUGGGGUCUGCCUGGAGUCGGAGGGUAUGUCUUUAAGUGGGGGAGGUGACUCUGAGGGACAGACGGCUCUGGUGGCUGCACCCUGGCCUCCUCACCGCUCAUGUCAUUGGUGCUGGCCUAGGGGGCAGCCACACCUUCUGUGGCCCUCUGAGUGCCAGGGGGGCCCGCAGCAUCUGCACAGGUCGGGGUGUUGGCCGGAUCCUCGGCCAUGUCAAGUGAAGUAAGCCUGAGCCAGUGCGGGGGCUGGUGCCAUGGGAGUGCCUCGUGCAUCGUGCCCCGGCGCCCAGGGCGGGAACUGUCUCCAGCCUCAACAGCAUUAUGCCCUGAGGGCACGAGGGGGCAGUGGGCAUGGCUCUCCUGCGGAGUCAGCUCUCCUUUUCCUGAAGUGUGUAAAUAGUUUAUUUAUAGGGCAAGAAUGUUCUCACACCACAUCUUCAUUUCCUCUGGCAUUCUCCUCUCGACAGCCUUACGCGGCGUCUGGGACUGACGCCGUCCCUUUCAGUUCCCUUGAGUGUCCCAUGAACCAACUCCAGCAGCUUCUCUGUAUCACCCCUAGUAACCCAGCUGCACAUACAUGCUCCCCCUUCGUCUGUGCACCCCCAACAUGCAUACCCCCACUCCCCUCCCCACUUGGCCUCACUGUCUUCUGGUCUUGGUGCUACUGAAACUGUUACCCGGAACUUGAAUCGUGAUCCUGACCCUCCCCCACUGCAAGGCCGGGGAGCCCCAGCCAGAGAUGGCCAGCUGGACACCUUUGGCCAGGGCUCCUCUCCAGGCCACAUGCUGAGGGCCGGCUGGCCGGCCUGGCAUUCGCCUCUCCCUGGAAAGAGAAGCCCCGUAGCCAGGCCCCUGGGCCGAGCCACGGACCCCAGCCUGCAGCUGUGUAGAGGCUCGGACGUUUCGUUGCUCACUUUCAUGGUGACCUUCUACCCCCUGACGGAGAUAUCUGUGGUCACCGUGUCCACCCUUCCUGUAGCUACUGGGGGCUUGCUGUUGGAAAUGAAGUCUGUCUUAUGUACUGAAUAACCCCCCAGGCGUAGCUGGGGCGUUCGUACAUCUUUGGCUGGUCUACACUCUAACGCCUCUCUGGAUCUUGUACCAGUUCUGUCCUCAUCGUUCAGGGAUGGAGUGCCACCUUCACACACUUGCCGAAGUGUACAUGCUAAUGUGGUAUAUACUGGUGGGUGUUUGUUGAUGAUGUUGGUUUUGUUUUGUGUUUUUACAGUUUUCUCUGUAGACUAGGGGAAGGAGAAUGCUUGUGUUUUUAGGAAGUGUGAUGCUUUUCUUUGACUGCCAAACUCUUUUAUGGAAUAUAUCUUUAUAUUAA